AACAGUUGAUUCCUUCACUAGAGGAAGCGAAAACGACACGAAACCCGUCGUUUUUGUCUACGUGGCCCAGCAGUUUUGGGAAGAACAAGAGAAGAUGGCAAGUGACCUCUAAAUAAAAAGAUCAGAUUUUUUUCGUUUUGAUUAUUCAUCGUCUUCCCCGAUUUAGGGUUUUCUGGGCAUUGGGUUAUUAAAAUUAUGAGAGGCGGUGGCAAGAGAAGAUCAAACGGUGGUGGUUCUGGGAAGAGCAAGUCCAGAUCUCCGAGAACGAAAUCUAAUUCGGCGGCGGGGUCUUCGUCUGGUGGUCGUCGCCGACGUACUAAUAGUACUCUGUUUGUGGAAGGAGGUAUUCUCUCCGAUUUCCGGCGAGAUCCUACUUUCUCUACGCCAUCUCGAGGAGGAAGCUCUUUUGGAAAGGGACCGAAACCCAGAAGCUCAGAUCGUACAAAAGCUUCUGCUUCCACCAGUGAUCCGAGGAGAUGCAGUGGUCGAGUUUAUGGUUAUCAGUAUCCUUCCAUGGAUUUUGAGGAGGGAUUGGAGCGAACCUCACGCGUUGAAGGUGAUCAGAUGGUUGGAUCAAAUCAAAUGUUGUUGGGGAAGACAGGGCCGACUCAAAUUGUUGCAUUUCUGGAUCAAACGCCUUCUUCAUCGAAUGGUAAGGUAAAUUAUGAUUACGAAUACGAACCGAGUUUCGUUUUGGGUGGUGAAUCUCAUAGAGGAUUGGGAUUUUGUGAUGAUUCUGAUGCUGCACCAAGUUGUAGCAUUUCCGCUUCAAAGGCCCUGGGAGAUCAAGGAGGUUCAACUUUUGGUUCAUUUUCGGCUAAAGAUGAAACUGGUGAUGAGGCUGCUGCAAGUGAACAAGAUGAAGCGAUGCCUGAUGUUGUGAAACCAUCGAAGAGGAAUUCAGGUUUCAUUUCUAUAGGAGGGAUGAAAUUAUACACUGAAGAUAUAUCUGAUGAAGAGAGUGAUGGAGAAGAAGGCAUAAAUGGUGAAGAUGAAUCUGGAGAUGAAGGCAGCACUGGAUCCUCUGAGCAAGGUGAAGAGACUGGAUCAUCUGAGAGCGAAAGCUCAUUAGACAUGUUUGGAAGUGGUUCUGAGAUUGAUGACGAUGUUGCAAAGGAUUACUUGGAAGGUAUUGGUGGCAGUGAGAAUAUGUUGGAUGCUCACUGGUUAGCAGAAGAGUCUUUGGAUAAAUUGGAUUUGUCAAGUGGUGACAGUUCCUCAAGUUAUUCUUCUGAUGACAAAAAGACAGGAAAGUUGACUGGUUUUGCUCUACAAAAAGCAUCAAUGGAAUAUGGUAAGAAGAAAUUGACAAGAAGUCGUUCCUCGGGGCAUGGUAAGGCUGCUCAUCCAUUGACAAUGGAUGACCUUAUGUUUGUGAAGGAUCCAAGAGGUCUAUCGGGGAAGAAGAGUAAGAAGAAACAGGUGACCAAGUUUCUUCCCCAGUCUUGGCCUUCAGGGGCCCAAAAGAGCAAGAAUUCCCGUAGGUUUCCUGGUGAGAAGAAGAAACACCGCAAAGAAUAUAUUGCUGUGAAGCGUCGUGAGAGAAUGCUGCAGCGUGGUGUUGAUCUUGCUGAUAUAAACUCUAAACUAGAGCGGAUGGUUCUGGAAAACACGGACAUGCACUGUUUUCAGCGUAUGCAUAACCGAGAUUGUUCUCAGGUAAGAAGAUUAGCAGAUGUAUACCGCUUAUCAAGUAGCUGCACGGGUUCUGGAAAGAAAAGCUUUGUGACGGUGACCCGAACGUACCAGACAUGUUUGCCAUCCGCGAGUGAUAAAAUUCGCAUUGAGAAGCUAAUAGGAGCAGGAGAUGAGCAAGAUGAUUUCGCUGUAAGUCGAGGGGUAAAAGUGAAAUCUGGCAGUUCAGAUAGGAAGAAAGUAAAAGACUCAGCGAAAAAGCGAAUAUCUAGAGAAGAACGGGAGAGAAACAAAAGCAGCAGCGGGAAGAAGACUUCAUAUGCCGAGCAACCUGUAUCAUUUGUGUCAAGUGGUGUAAUCGAUUCUGAGAUUGCUGUUGCAAAGACCUCUUCUGAUGACAGAGACGCAAAACAGGUGGCUGAAACUACUCCGGGAGCCACUAAUGGAGCAUAUAUUGGAGCAUUCGAGGUACACACCAAAGGCUUUGGAUCCAAAAUGAUGGCUAAAAUGGGAUUCAUAGAAGGAGGCGGUCUAGGAAAAGAUGGUAAGGGAAUUGCACAGCCAAUAGAAGCUGUUCAACGUCCGAAAUCACUUGGUUUAGGUCUUGAUUUCCCCAUUAACAGUGAAGACCCGAGUCCAUCAAGCAAUAACGCUAAGAGGAACAAACCUUCUUCCUCUGGAAAACAUGUGAAACGCAUCUCCCAUGAAAGUGGUGGUGCCUCUGGUUCAGCAAGAAUUAGAGACAAAAGAUUGGGAGCAUUUGAGCAGCAUACAACAGGUUUUGGCUCGAGGAUGAUGGCGAGAAUGGGUUUUGUCGAAGGCUCGGGUUUGGGAAGAGAUUCACAAGGCAUAGUCAAUCCGCUGUUCGCUGUCAGACGUCCUAAAGCACGUGGAUUAGGCGCCGAAGGUUAAGGAUUUAACGGUCAAUGUUUGGAACAAGAACACUGAUACUCAUUUUUAUGUUCAUCUUCAAUCGUUCAGUAUGUGGCUAGUAAUUUUCAGUUAUGGUUUGAGACUUGGGGAGCAGCUUUGUUGUUAUCUUAGCAUCAAUGUUGUUAAUUAAUAAACAAAUCCUUUCGUUUAGACAGACUUGUGAUGUUUGCCAAAAAAAAAAAAAGACAGACUUGUGAUAAUUACUUU